AUUGAAAAACUUCAAACCUAAUCAUGCCAUUAAGUGUCGGUCUAGUUUGCUUCUUGCUUCCUAAGCUGGUGAUCACUAGCAAUAGUGCUCCUGAGAGCAGCUCAUCAUGAACUUAAAAGAGCUCGAGGAAAGCUUCAAGGAACUGAGAAUCAUCAACGAAAAGCAAGAAAAACGUGUAUGGUACCACGAGACGAGAGCUCAGAACUUAACCAUCGCUUAUGUUCUGCUGCAAGGCUUGUUUUCCAUAGGGAUUGUACUUUCCUCGUCGUCACCACCGUCUAGUACUCCCAGAAAUCAAUGGACCCAGUACCAUCUAGAUAUGAACUAUAUGGAGCAGGACCUCAUAUUCAAGAAGAUACAAGAAGCCAAACACCCACCUGCAGCCAGUUAUAAGCUCAGUCAUUCCAUCAAGAUAGAAAAGUGCAGUGGUCAUGAACAAGAAGUGCCUACAGAGCAUGAAAUUGUAAGACCUGAUGUCUUUCAGCUCUUCAAACGCAAGGUUUAUAUUUACUUUACAGCUCUGGGUUUGUUCGCUUUCACUGUAAUUCAGUUAUACGCUUGCCGCUUGUUCUAUAUAAGGUGAAGGUUGCACAACAGAUUUGAAACAAAUAUAUUUAUCAUAUUCGUAUC